AUGGCUUUUCAGGACCCAAAUCACCCCCUGCAAGCCCAGCUCUGUAGCAAUGUUUUUGGGGCGCUCACUGGGUUAAUACAACCCCCUUUAGCAGCCGGGCUAGGUGGGGGGCAGAAGUAUUAUUGCAAUAAUGGGGUGCAGCUAGCCUCGCCGCAGCAGCAGCAGACGCCACUCAGCAAUGCGGUCAUGGUGGAGCCGGAGCCCGAUCGGCCCAUCGGCUAUGGAGCUUUUGGCGUGGUGUGGUGAGUGAGGAGUUUGGGGUCGCUGGGCGUCGUGGGCUGGUUGGACGCGGAGGAAUGGUGGGGGAACGGGCAGGGAAACCGCCGAGGGAAGAAGGCUCAGAGCCAGCGGAGUGGUGGUGGGACGACAACCGUGAGUGGUCAGAGGGAGAAGACUGGGAGGAAGAGGCCCUGGAAGCUGAAGCAAUAACAGGGCUUAGUGAGCUGGGAGAGUCUGUGGCAGAGAGCAGUCCAGAAGCUGAAGCAGGAGAGGAGGGAGGCCCGGAGGCAGAGAUGAGUCAGGCUGGGGAAGCGUCAGAAGGGUCUCCCUCUCCUGCUGCAGCAAGCUUUCCUUCCCUCUGGUCUCCCAGAACCAGAAGAGGCAUGAAUAUAUAUAUAUAUAUAUAUAUUUAUUUAUUAUUAUUAUUUUUUAAUUAGAAUGGCAAAACAAAAUAAGAGAGUACACUGAACUGGCGAGAUUAUCAGCAAGGUUAAGAGACGUUACGUAUGAAAAAUUUAUCAGAGAGUGGGAUAAACAGAGUACAGUGGUACCUCGGGUUACAUACGCUUCAGGUUACAUAUGCUUCAGGUUACAGACUCCGCUAGCCCAGAAAUAGUGCUUCAGGUUAAGAACUUUGCUUCAGGAUGAGAACAGAAAUCGUGCUCCGGCGGCGCAGCGGCAGCGGGAGGCCCCAUUAGCUAAAGUGGUGCUUCAGGUUAAGAACAGUUUCAGGUUAAGUACAGACCUCCGGAACGAAUUAAGUACUUAACCUGAGGUACCACUGUAUAUGUAAAAGAACACUGUCAAAAGAUCAAUCCGUUGGCAAGUCUUGAUUGAGCUUCGGUGUGUCAGUAGGAUAAUUUUAUAAAAUUAAAUUUAUAGUAAGUCAAGUAACACAGAGAAAGUAAAGUUUAUGCGCGUAUUUAAGGAACUUAAUUCGGGAACGCAAGGGGAAGAUCGGAAGUCUUGUCAAAUUUAAUCACAAUUGGAUGUACAAAGCAAGUCUUCGUUAGAGAAUGAAUAAUUGUUUGUUUUUUAUUUCUUAUUUUGCCUAUAACAUCUAUUGCAUAUUUCUGUUAUAAAGUCUUCAAACAGUAAAGCAUUUAAAAACGGGGGGGGGGGGGACAGAAGAGGCAUGAAAAGGGCAAAGGAGAGGUUGGCUGCAUGCAGGCGCAGUCUCAGAUUGCUUGGGGAAAACCCUGGAGAGGAGGGGACUUAGGCAGCUGUGGGGAGGCACAGACCUUCAGUCUCAGCUUCUGCUCCAUGGGUACAAGACCUGUCGCAGGUGAGUUGCUGUGCUCAGUAGGCCUGAUACUCCUGUGCAUAUUUUGGUUUUGCUAAUACAGGCAUACCACUUGUUACAUUUGCUUCAGGUUACGUCUUUUCAGGUUGCGACCUGGAAGUACUGGAAAGGGUUACUUCCGUGUUUUGCGCUCGCGCAUGCGCAAAUGCACAAAAUGAUGUCGUGCAUGCACAGAAGUGGCGAAUCGUGACCCGCGCGUGCGCAGACGCGGGUUGUGUUCCUUUCAGGUUGUGAAUGGGACUCCGGAACGGAUCCCAUUCUCAACCAGAGGUACCACUGUAAAGAAUUAACGCCAACUUGCUCAGUGUGAUUUACUGCUGGCUCACUCCUGACACUGGGUUUUAUUUUGUUUUUUGAGGAGGUUGAAGUCUGAAGCGGGAAGGAAGGGGCAAUAAUAAUAAUAAUAAUAAUAAUAAUAAUUUAUUAUUUAUUAUUUGUACCCCACCCAUCUGGCUGGGUUUCCCCAGCCACUCUGGGCGGCUUCCACAAAGACCAAAAAUACACUAAGAUGUCACACAUUAAAAACUUCCCUGAACAGGGCUGCCUUAAGAUGUCUUCAGAAUGUCAGGUAGUUGUUUAUCUCUUUGACAUCUGAUGGGAGGGUAUUCCACAGGGCGGGCGCCACUACCGAGAAGGCCCUCUGCCUGGUUCCCUGUAGCUUUGCUUCUCGCAAUGAGGGAACUGCCAGAAGGCCCUCGGCGCUGGACCUCAGCGUCCGGGCAGAAUGAUGGGGGUGGAGACGCUCCUUCAGGUAUACUGGGCUAGGGCAGGGAUCAGGAAAACUGGAGCCUUCUGGGUGUCCGACUCCCACCAUUGUUGACCGUUGGGGUCUGCUGCGAAUUGCAGUCUGACCGCAUCUGGAGGACCACUGGUUCCACAGUCCGGAGCCAGAGGACCAGGGGAGCUGUGAACGGCCAUUUCAAAGGCGUUCUGUUUUUCUUUCUGCAGGUCGGUGACGGAUCCCCGAGACGGGUCGCGAGUUGCACUCAAAAAGAUGCCCAACGUUUUCCAGAACUUGGUCUCUUGCAAACGGGUCUUCAGGGAGUUGAGAAUGCUCUGUUACUUCAAGCACGACAACGUGAGUGUGCCGAGGCUGCGAGGGGAGCUUGGUGGGGCAAAGUGUCCUCUGCUGGGCUGCUCUGCUGGGUCAGCGCAUCUCUCCAUGGGCCUAUCUGUUGAGGGGUAGGGGAGCAAGUGGUCCAGUCAGUGCCAGCCGCCAUCCAGAUUUCUGCCAGUAGCCCUGAUGUGGCAUCACUCUGUACUUUUUCUGCGCUAUGCAUGGCUUUUAUACACGUCUGUCGUGUUCCCACCCUCGCUCACCCUUUUUCUGAAGAAAAGGUUGCAGCAUUGGGACUUUAGACAAAAGGCGUUUAAGAAGCGACGUAAUAGAAGAUUAUAAAAGUACGCUUGGCAUGGGCAGUGGGUAGAGCAGGAUGCUGGCUGAGGUGGGUCAUUGACUUGGUCUUAUGUUCUUAGGACCUUGACGGUACCUUCUCUGGUUUGUGGUACACGUUCAAGCUGAGCUUUCAUCACCAUCAUCAUAAUUUUAUUAUUUCUACCUCAUCCAUCUGACUGGGUUGCCCCAGCCACUCUGGGCGGCUUCCCACAGAUAUAAAAUAAUAAUAAAACACCGAACAUUAAAAACAAUACCGUGGCUCCCACAUUCUGGAGAGGUUUGGCCCUCUUGGUAUUCAAUUGCCUUUGUACCAGUCCCUUCAUUUUGGGGAGGUUUCCUCUUUUGAAGUCAAAUGUGACUAGUUUGGGAUUUCCUUGGCACUUGUCUCGCUUCCCAUAAAUGUUGGUUUUCGUAACGUAAUGGUCACUUGUCUCCAAUUGGUUCUACAGAACUUACAUCUUUUGCCAGGUCCUGGCUGCCACUUACGAUUACAGUAAAACCUCGGUUCCCAAACUGCUCCGUUUUGGAACAUUUCUGCCCCCCGAACGCCGAAAACCCGAAGUAGAUGUUCCGGUUUUCGAACAUUUUUUCAGAAGCCGAAUGUCUGAAGUGGCUUCCACUUGAGUGCAGGAAGCUUUUGCAACCAAUCAGAAGCCGCGCCUUGGUUGUCAAACACUUCGGAAGCUGAAUGGGCUUCCGGAACGGAUUACGUUUGACAACCGAGGUUUCACUGUAAGUCCAGGGCCACUGCUUCCCUGGCUGGUUCCUGGACUAGCUGUUCCAGGACACAGUCACAGAGCAUUUAGAAACCUGACCACUUUGUUGUGACUGGAGCCCAUCUGUGUCUCCGUCUUUCACGGGGGUAUCUGAAGUAGCAAAAUAACCUUUCCACUGAGUGAUAAAAGAGGGCUGAGGAACCGUAACAGCUACAUUGGUUUGCUGAUGUAAUGGAAAUGCAUUGAGAUAGCUCAUCCCACAUAACUUUCUCUGACAGGACAUUACAAAAACAAAAACACAACUGUUGAAUGUUCUUUCUCUUGUUCUCUCAGGUCCUCUCAGCGUUGGACAUUCUCCAGCCUCCACAAAUCGACUGUUUUGAGGAGAUGUAUCCUUCGUCCUACACGCAGGCCGGUGCAGCCUGUUGCUCAGUUAUCUUCCCAGCAUUCCUUUGCUUAUCAUUUCUGCCCCCCACCUCUAUCCUUUGCCGGAGAGGCCAAUAUAGGUAUUUUCUUUUUGUUGUCUCCUUCCCACCCGCCCCUUUUAUGUGUUCGUUCAUUUAUUUAUUUUUAAAUUGCUUUUCUUACAGUUUUCAGGCAUUGUGUUGAUUUGGUUUUUUUUCCUAUAAUUCUUUUGCCGUGCUUUUUUCCACCAAAUUAUUUUUUGUUUCCUAUCUGUGUUUAGCUUCCUUAAUUUACAGUUUGUCAAGCAUUUCUCAGUCCCAUCCUGCCCCCCCCAUGCAAUUCUUUCACGGCUUCUUCUCAGCUCCAUUUCAGUCCCUUUCUUUGUAUCAUCUUCGUUUUCCUUCACACCUUAGUGUCUCUCUUUUCCUGUAACCUAUUUGCUUUCAAGAAUAUGAUUCAUUCACUCCCCUGCCUGUUUCUUCUUAUUUUACUUCCUUCUGCUGUUAACACUAUUUGUCUGUCCUCCCCAAUUGUAACCUCCAUUAGUUCCGCUUUUGUUUUCAAUAAUCCUGCCCCCCCUUUUCAUUCUUGGUGUCUUUUUUACAGCCAACGUUGGCCUUUUCCAUCGUUUCAAUUGUCUUGAUGACAUUCUUUCAUUUUGCAGUGUGUUUUACUUUCCUUUUACCUGUCUUUGAUCUGCACUGUGGUCCAUCUGUAUAAUUAUUAUUUUUUAGACUUACCUCAAUUUUGCCUUGCCCUUGCCUUUGUGUGUUCUGUGCUUUCUGCCUCCUAAUUUUGCUGGAAGCAGUUGGUUCAACUAAAUGGCGGAGAACCAAUUUUUCUUUUUUGCUUACGAUGGGAAGGGGCUGGGCACUCAGAUACCUGGUCGUUCUCUGGUCCCAUCUCCCGCAUCCUCCUUGACGAUGUCCACCAGUUACGUCAUCACUGAGUUGAUGCAAAGUGACCUUCACAAAGUCAUUGUGUCUCCACAACCUCUCAGCGCUGACCACAUCAAGGUCUUUCUGUAUCAGAUCCUCAGGGGUGAGUAUCUAUAAACAUUUCUAAAGUGAGCUUUUCAUUAACAAUAUGCCGCAAGGCAGUCAGUAUGCAACACACCAAAUUACAGUAGCUUCUAGAAAAACAACAAUAAAAGCUCGUUAGGGGAUGGGAAUCACGUUUCAAAGGCUCAUCUGAAUAACUCUGUUUUCAUGACACCAUUACUAUAGCAAGUAGGCAGGGAUGAUUCCUGCUGAACUUCUAGUGGCAGGGAGUUCCACAGCGCAGCGCCUGCCACAUCAAAGGCUUGGUGCGUAGUCAAGGCCAACUGAACCUCAGGGAUAUGAGAAGCCACUAGAAGUGCCCACCACAGGAUCUCUGUACGAUGUGGAGAUGCCACAACCUUUUAUUGUAGGAGGGUUGAUGUCCAACCCAUUUCUGAAGUUCCAUCCCUCGAAUACCUCUUCCUUCCACCCUCUUAAAUUAUUCUCCUUUCCUUCAUGCUUCUCUUCCCUUUUGACUUUAUUGCUAUUUUCUUCUGUCCCUCACCUGCGCUUUCUCAAUUCUUUCUCAACCUCGUUCUAUCACGCUUCAUGUAUUUUUUACCGCCUUUCAAUCACUUCCUUCCUUCCUUCUCUGAGGUUUUUGUUCUUUGCAGAGCUGAAAACCGGAUUAACCACAGGUUUUAGUCCAUUAAUUGUAUGUUGUUAAUUGAUUUAUCAAUAAUGCUGGCAUAUGGGUAAAAUGAUAGUUCUGAAGCCAGAAGCGUACUUUUCUUUGUUUUUACAUCACGCAAGGAUGUCAUUUUAGAAGAGGCAUUACCUGCUUUGUAAGAGAAGUGCUUUUAAGAUAGUGCUAGCCCUCUAGUUUUUAUAAGUAGUUGCACAUUUAAAAACAAACAAACAUCUUUUUAAAAAAAUUAAUUGGAGCCACUCUAAACAAACAUCUCAGCCCUUUCCCCUUUUGCUUCAGUCAGCCCAUUUGUUGCAGGCAAGUUUUGUGACAUUGCAAAUUCUUUUCUCUCUCUCCGCCAGGGCUGAAAUAUUUGCACUCUGCCGGUGUUCUCCAUCGGGACAUCAAACCUGGGAAUUUGCUGGUCAACAGCAACUGUGUCCUCAAGGUAAUUCAGCCUUGUAGCCUCUAGGGGGAGCCCUUAGGGUGCAAUUGUCUCUGAUCCCACUAAUUAAUAUUGUGAUUGCUAAUCAUAGGUUUGCCAUAUUUCAGAAAGUGAAAAUCCGGACAGUAAAGUUGUUGAGCUUUUUAAGGCAAAUUUUAUUUUUGGUUUGUUUGUUUGGCCCAAGUUGUUGAGCUAGUUGAGCAAAAUUUUUUUUCAGGUUUCAGAGCUAUUUUUUUCAAGAAAUUCAAGAACUUCCGAUAUGGGUUGCCAUGCGUCCGGAUUUUCCCAGACAUUUCAGGGAUUUCCUCCUGGACGCAGUUCCCAACAGCCAAAUCCUGGCUGUGUCCGGGAAAUUCCGGACGUAUGGCAACCCUACUUAACGGGAUAUCUCAUGGUUGUUGCUUGCUCGCUGAAAACGUCUGUAAUGGAACUAAAACAGACCUGCAUCUUGUCACGGGGACAAAGGAAGUAAGGAUUAAAAGGCAAUUUUGGCCUUUGUAAAUAAUGAAUAAAUCUGCAGGGAUAAACGUUCAAAUUAAGCAAUGUUGCAGAUGUCCACCCUCAUUUUGGCAGAGGGCAGCUUUUCCCUGAUAACGGAGGUGAAGCGGGAGACUUUUUCUUCUCAUUUUGGAGAGAAACCAUUUACCGUAUUUUUUGCUCCAUAAGACACACCUGACCAUAAGAUGCACCUAGUUUUUAGAGCGGGGAAUGCAAGCAAAAUAAUUCUUUAAAGGGAGCACUGAGCAGAGCCUGUAUGCGACGGGCUGCCCUUCUCUCUCCUUGGGGAAAAGCCUGCAAGCGCCGCACAGACGCUCCGCGUGGCUCUUUAAAGGGAGCGCAGCUCUUGGGGGCUUUUCCGGGAGGUGGGGGAAGGGACUGAGGGGCUGCCAGGGAUAGCCGUGCGAAGCCUCCUCAGGGCAGCAGGAUGAAGGCUCCCCGUGCCCGGUAGAGGCUUCGCGCGGCUAAGCCAGAAGCUAGAACAGCAAGAGGGAGCGCUGCGCAGCGAUCCUUCUCGCUGUUCUGGCUUCUGGGAUUGCCACGCAGCCUGCAUUCGCUCCAUAAGACGCACACACAUUUCCCCUUACUUUUUAGGAGGGAAAAAGUUCGUCUUAUAGAGCAAAAAAUACGGUAUAGUGCCAGGACUGACGUGGAAUACAUGAAACGACAGUGAAGGAAAGGAACGUAGUGUCACGCUCAGAAAAGCUUUUUUGUUUCUCACUAUUCAAUGAAUCACCGCAGCCCACCAAUACAUAGCUGGGAUCCAUAAGAAAAUCCUUCCAGGUCAAAGGGCGUGACUUUCUGGUAGGCUUGAGCCCCAAGCACCUCUAAUGGAAUCAGGGUCACUUGUGGCUUUGAAGGAAGUCGGUUCAUUCCACCAGACUGAAGUUGGAGAGGACUUUGGGCCAGAUGUCUUUGAUCUUUGUCCUCCUUCUAGCGCCUGACACACUUCUUGUCAUCCCUUCAGAUCUGCGAUUUUGGCUUGGCCCGGGUAGAGGAGCCAGAUGAGUCCCAGCACAUGACUCAAGAAGUGGUAACUCAAUAUUACCGGGCCCCUGAGAUCCUGAUGGGCACCAGGCACUAUGGACGCCCAAUUGAUAUUUGGUCAGUGGGCUGCAUCUUCGCUGAACUUUUGGGCAGGCGUAUCCUCUUUCAGGCCCAGAGCCCAAUUCAGCAGGUAAUGUAUAGGAAGCCAGUAUUGGGGAAAGGGCGGGAAGCUGUUGGUGGCAAAGAGCCUGGCUGGAUCUAGAAGUGUUUCAGUUAAAUGUGUUGUAAACUUGGCAUGAGAAAAUUGGGUUGACAAAAACGGGACUCCACAGCGCCAUCUGGUGGCAUAGUGUUAGAAUGCAUAAACAAAGCAUAUAAAACCUUUGCCAGUGUAGCUGAGUCCCAUAUCACCGUUGCUUGUAAUUCUACAAAACGGCCACCAGUGGGCACCAGACAGCAAUCCAUCCAUCCACCUACAAUGCGAAAAAGACAAAUUCUCAUUUUCCUUAAAGAUGGGUGACAUCAAAAUGACAUUGCAUAUUAGGCUUCUAAGGAUGUUGAUCACUCCCAAGUUGACACCAGGUGCCUGGAAGGCACUGGGGUGAGGCAGGGCAAUGAGGGUGGGGCCGGAUGGAUGCAUCAGCCAGAGUCCUGUCACAUAGGCUGCUAUUGGUCUCACCACUCGUCCAUCUCACUCAGUAUUGCCGUCUGGCAGCAACCUCUCCAGGGUUGCGGACAAGGGGUGUUCCCACCUCAGCCUGGAGAUGAAACAUGGGACUGGCGUGCAACUAAAGGAGGUCCGAUUGAGAUACUUUUCAAUGGGUUUAGAAAACAAAAACACACAUUAAAAAUCUGGCAUCGUAAGAAUCAGGAAUUGGUGUGAUUAAAAACGGAAAGUCAGGCUGGAUUUCCAGCUGCUUCUGAAGAUGCGUAUUUGAAAGUGCCUUUGAUAGUUCCAUAGGGAGGAAGUUCUGCAACUGCAGGGCAGGGCAGGGCCACCACCGAGAAGGCCCCGUCUUUGGCUGGCAACGUAAUGGACUGUACCUGUUGGCAUUCAAGGCGGAGGGACUCUGUAGCUGAUCAUAACGCAGGAGCAGUAAAUUUCUUUCUUUCCUGUCCUCCUGCUCCCUCUCGCCGCUCCCUCUUUCUCCUUCCGGCCUCGUGAUCCCUUUGCACUGUUCUGCGGUCGGCAGCUGGACCUGAUCACAGACCUCCUGGGGACUCCUCCUGUGGCCGCCCUCCAUUCAGCCUGUGAGGGGGCUCGGGCCCACAUUCUGCGUGGCAACCACAAGCCAGUGAGUACAGCUGGGACUGUCUGUUGGGAGGGGGGGAACUGUGAGGACGGGGAGGGAGGGAAAGAGGAAGAGAAUGGCGUCAGGCAUGUGCCCCUCUUCGCAGUCUCAACCCUCUCUGUCUUUUCCAGCCGUCCCUGUCUGUCCUUUACAUGCUCUCUGGAGAAGCCACCCACGAAGCAGUCCAUCUGCUCUGUCGGAUGCUGGUCUUUGACCCGGUGAGUUGGUGUCAGGGAAGGUCUUGACCCGGUGAUGGCCUCUUGGGGUGGCCUACCUCACAAGAAUGUUGUGAGGGUGAAACAGGAAGGGGGGGAAAACUAUGUCUGCAUUUUUUAGCUCUUGGGAAGAAUGGCGGGAUGUAAAAGUAAUGAAAUAAAAAUAAACUAUGAAACGUUAGGCUGCUGCUCUCUCCCCUGCCCACUGCAUGGGAAAGAAGCCGUUCUGGUGGUGCUUCCUCACUGCCACCACCUGCAAGCACCAAGUGUGUAAAGUGGUACCUUGGAAGUCAUAGAAUCAUAGAAGAAUCAUAGAAUCAUAGAGUUGGAAGAGACCACAAGGGCCAUCGAGUCCAACCCCCUGCCAAGCAGGAAACACCAUCAGAGCACUCCUGACAUAUGGUUGUCAAGCCUCUGCUUAAAGACCUCCAAAGAAGGAGACUCCACCACACUCCUUGGCAGCAAAUUCCACUGUCGAACAGCUCUUACUGUCAGGAAGUUCUUCCUAAUGUUUAGGUGGAAUCUUCUUUCUUGUAGUUUGGAUCCAUUGCUCCGUGUCUGCUUCUCUGGAGCAGCAGAAAACAACCUUUCUCCCUCCUCUAUGUGACAUCCUUUGAUAUAUUUGAACAUGGCUAUCAUAUCACCCCUUAACCUCCUCUUCUCCAGGCUAAACAUGCCCAGCUCCCUUAGCCGUUCCUCAUAAGACAUUGUUUCCAGGCCUUUGACCAUUUUGGUUGCCCUCCUCUGGACACGUUCCAGUUUGUCAAUGUCCUUCUUGAACUGUGGUGCCCAGAACUGGACACAGUACUCCAGGUGAGGUCUGACCAGAGCAGAAUACAGUGGCACUAUUACUUCCCUUGAUCUAGUCGAACGGAAUCUAUUCCGGAAGUCCGUUCAACUUCCAAAAAGUUCGGAAACCAAGGCAUGGCUUCUGAUUGGCUGCAGGAAGCUCCUGCAGCCAAUCAGAAGCUGCGGAAGUCACGUUGGGCAUUUGGGUUCCAAAGAAAGUCCGUAAACCGGAACACUCACUUCUGGGUUUGCGACGAUCAGGAGCCAAAAGGUUUGACUCGCAAGGCAUCCGGGAUCCAAGAUACGACUGUAUGUUCUUCCGUUCCACAGUCACAACACAGCCUUCGCUUUCUCAGCCAGCCAGCCAGGCUUGAGCCUGAGAACCUGCUGGUUUCUUGGUACCCACUGCAGGUUCCUUGAAGUGCUAGAUUAUCUGAUUUUGAUAAUCCAAACCACCUGAAUUCCAUUCGAGAGCAGAUCGCCCAAAGAGCUGCCCUCAACAGAAGCCCUGCCUUAAUGCAGAAGUCAGUAUAAUUUUAGAAGAGAAAUGUUUUGUUGCAGACCAAAGGCAGUGCUUAAAGUGAACUGUGGUGAGCCCCAAGCUUUGCUUUUCAGGUGUGAAAUGCCAAGUGCAAGGUGCUUCAUUCUCAUUUGAAUAUUCAGCUUCCGCUGUUCAAAUAGCGGUGAAAAACAUUCAGUGUUUGUCUUGACUCUCCUCCUCCUGCCUGCAGGCCAAACGGAUCUCUGCGAAGGAUGCCCUCUCGCACCCUUACCUGGAUGAGGGCCGGCUCCGCUACCACACCUGCAUGUGCACCUGCUGCUUUUCUGUGUCCUCGGGCCGCGUCUACACCAGUGACUUUGAGCCCCGGGCCGACCCGAAGUUUGAUGGAUCCUACGAGAAGAACCUCACCUCCGUCUGGCAGGUCAAAGGUAGAGUGUCCUCUUCCCCAGGCUCCCUCCUCGCCAGGGACUCUGAGCACCCAGGCAGUUCCACCCUUGGCUUUAUUCCUUCCUCCUUGUUGUUGCUGUUUAGUCAUUUAGUCGUGUCCGACUCUUCGUGACCCCAUGGACCAGAGCACGCCAGGCACUCCUGUCUUCCACUGCCUCCUGCAGUUUGGUCAAAGUCAUGCUGGUAGCUUCGAGAACACUGUCCAACCAUCUUGUCCUCUGUCGUCCCCUUCUCCUUGUGCCCUCCAUCUUUCCCAACAUCAGGGUCUUUUCCAGGGAGUCUUCUCUUCUCAUGAGGUGGCCAAAGUAUUGGAGGCUCAGCUUCAGGAUCUGUCCUUCCAGUGAGCACUCAGGGCUGAUUUCCUUCAGGUUUGAUCUUCUUGCAGUCCAUGGGACUCUCAAGAGUCUCUUCCAGCACCAUAAUUCAAAAGCAUCAAUUCUUCAACGAUCAGCCUUCUUUAUGGUCCAGGUCUCACUCCCAUACAUCACUACUGGGAAAACCAUAGCUUUAACUAUACGGACCUAUACGAAUAGCCUAUAACUAUACGAAUAGCCAAGGAGGAAGGACCUUCCCCUUCAUGGAUCACUGCCUUUCCGUGGCAAAGGGGCUUGAAUAACUCAGAGAAGCUAUGAACUAUGCCGUGCAGGGCACACAAGAUGUACAGGUCAUAGUGGAGAGUUUUGACCAAACGUGAUCCAUCUGGAGCAGGAACCGGCAAGCCACUCCUGCCAAGAAAACUCCAUGGACAAAGACAAAAGGUCCUUCCUCUUUGGCUAUUUUAAUUUCUAUCUUGGCUUGCCACACCAGGAUCCCCAAGGCAACCGAUGCUGAUAGCGUAUGCAAUUAGGUUGUAAUAAUUACGUUUUGAAACAGCAGCAGAAGGGGGAAAAGAUGAGCAGAGGAAAACUGCCUGGAAACUGAGACAAGGGUAGGAAACGUGAUUCCCACCAUCAGUUGUGGGUCUCGAAAAUCUGGAGGGCCAAAGGUGUGCCCCACCCCCCACCUGCGCCCCACUUGGACUCCUGGAUAAUCCAGAAAGGUUGCACAGUUAGGCUCGCUUGCUAGGGCUGCGCCCAGUUGGAGACAGCGGGACUUACUUGCAUGGAAACACGAACAAGGCGGUUUGUUAAAUUAUAUAUACUGAGGCCCAUCAGCAGGGCAGGUCCUGACUUCAAGGAGGAGAUAAUCUAGAAACUGGCAGGGACCCACCCUCUGUCACAGCACCCAACUGAUACGUCUAUGUGGAAAAAGCUGCUUGGGAGGAUUUUAUUAUUGUUGUUGUUCAGAAAGGCAGCAUACACGUAUCUUUUAAAAUAUUUUGUAUUUAUAAAGAAAGCACAGCAACGGUUUAAAAACAGGAGAAUUUGCAACCAUAAAUUUGCAGCGUACCGCCACGUUAGAUUCCGAAACUCUCAAUGUGUCUUUUAAUUGUUGCAAUGCUUUUUUUGUUUUUAAGAAAUGAAAAGUUGCUUUAAAACAAACAAGGAAGGCAGCAUGUUAACGGUUUGAAAUAAAUAGCAGGGAAAGUGGAAGGAAAUGGGGAAGCUUGUGUGUUUCUGUUGGGCUGAGUUACUGGCUGAGUCACAGGAGGAGUCUGGGAACUCGGGGUCAUGUGCCGCCAAACGGGUUGUGGAAAAUGUCGUUUUUGAGGAGGAGGAGGAAGGGAGGGGCACCGUGGCGCUGACCCGGGAGGCCGUUCUAAGCAUGGCAGGGCAGCAAAGGGUUGCAGCUCAGUGGUUAGAGCACAUGUUCGGUGUACAGAAGUUGCCAGGUUCAACUCUGGGCAUCUCCCAGGGCAGGGCUGGGAGAGUCUCCUUGCCUGAAACCCUGGAGAGCGGCUGCCAGUCAGUGUGGGCAGUGCUGAGCCAGAGGGAGCAAAGGAGAAGACAGAUUCCGACAUUACUCGUAAGGGGGAAUGCGGGAGCAGGAGACCCCCAGGCCCUGGAAGGGGAAUAAGGAGGUGGAGGAGCCAGGAUUGAAACGAGGGAGAAAAGGGGGAAGGAGGCCACGGGGGGGGGGGGGCUUUGAAGGUCAGGAGAAGGAGCGUCUGCCGGAUCUAGGAGCAGGCAGGAUUAGGCCAGCCUUCCCUACCCUGGCGCCCUCCAUCUCCCACCAGCCCUAGCCUGCAUCUCCAGUGGUUUUAAAUGAGGGGCAGGGCCAGCACCAGACUUCAGGGGGUCCUCAGCACCGUGCCCUGACCUCCCCCCCCCCAGCCACAUACAGUGGUACCUCGGGUUAAGUACUUAAUUCGUUCCAGAGGUCCGUUCUUAACCUGAAACUGUUCUUAACCUGAAGCACCACUUUAGCUAAUGGGGCCUCCUGCUGCCGCCGCGCCACUGGAGCACGAUUUCUGUUCUCAUCCUGAAGCAAAGUUCUUAACCUGAAGCACUAUUUCUGGGUUAGCGGAGUCUGUAACCUGAAGCGUCUGUAACCUGAGCUACCACUGUAGUUGGAUCAGCCAUCUUUCUAUAGGGUGUAAUGGGGUGCUUUUCCCCCAGCUCCCUUAGUCCCUUUUCUCUCCAUUCACUGGCCGGGGUUGGAAUCUGCAUCGGCUGAGGAGCAUUGCAUUCUGGGUAAAUUAAGAUGGCAGGUGGCUCCCCCGGGCAGAAGUUGAGCUUCACUCCCAUGCCGACGUGCUAACCCUGCCUGCCCGCCGCUAUAACAGCCUCCGCGAUGAGCAACGGGGCUGUGAGGGGCCUACCUGAGCCCCUGCUGUUCUUGGGCAGUGCCCCGCCGUGUUGGCCAAUGGUGCCAGGCUCAACGACGGGAGCUGCAGCCCCAAACCUUUGGAGGGCUCCAGGCUGGAGAGGCACGGGCUGCACUGUGAGUCAUCGGUUGCGUUGGCCAACUUUGACCCAUGUCUGUCACCCGCCCUGCAGGCUUGCUCAACCUGUGGUUUCCUAUGUGCGUCUGUGUGGGGGAAAACACACAGCAACAAGGUUGUUGAAACAGCAAAAGGUAAUAAAAACACCAGAGCACCACAGGGGCAUUCUUGCCUGCCAGCGCCGUGACAGGUGGGAUAUAAAAGCAACUAAAUAAAAGGCCAAACACCAGCACACUGAACUGAGCUCGGAAAGAGGCCUGCGGCCUGCAAGGCUAAGUGGAGAGCUGGCAAAAUGGCUUUUUUUAGAUCAGGGGUCAGCAAACGUUUCAGCAGGGGGGCAGCCCACUGUCCCUCAGACCUUGUGGGGGCUGGACUAUAUUGGGUGGGGGGUGAACGAAUUCCUAUGCCCCACAAAUAACCCCGAGAUGCAUUUUAAAUAAAAGGGCACAUUCUACUCAUGUAAAAACACGCUGAUUCCCAGACCUUUCGUGGGCCGGAUUGAGAAGGCGAUUGGGCUGGAUCCGACCCCCAGGCCUUAGUUUGCCUAUCUGUGGCUAAGAUUGGCCCCAGCCAGCAGCCUAAACGAUCUGUUAUUUUGGACUAAUGGAAGAUUGCAAGCAGUCGUCAAUAGCCACCCGCAUAUGCACCACGGCAGUAAGUUUUGUGUCCAAGUGUGGUUGUCUGGCAGGCCUUGGGGCGGGGAAGAAAGGAGCCCUGGGUGGGAAGGAACAAGUUUUAAGGCAAAAUUACAGAUAUGAAGAGCUGCUUGAACUAUGGGGAAGAAUAGAGCUGGGAUGGGAGAGCAAUGGUGAGGCUGGGGGUGAACUGGGAAUGGAAAAGAGAGGCGAAUAAAUGGGAAGAGUGGAAUGACAGGGACCCCUUUCUCCCUUUCCAGAGCUGGUGCAUAGGUUUAUCUUGGACCAGCAGCGAGGGAAACGCGUCCCGCUCUGUAUCAACCCCCAGUCGGCUGCCUUCAAAACCUUCAUCCGGUGAGUGUGCGGUGCUGCCCCCACACCUUAAUAAUAAUGAUAUAAUAAUUUAUUACUUAUACCCUGCCCAUCUGGCUGGGUUUCCCCGGCCACUCUGGGAGGCUUUCAACAGAAUAUUAAAAUACAAUAAUCUAUUAAACAUUAAAAGCUUCCCUAAACAGGGCUGCCUUCAGAUGUCUUCUAAAAGUCUGGUAGUUGUUGUUCUCUUUGACAUCUGGUGGGAGGGCGUUCCACAGGGCGGGUGCCACCACCAAGAAGGCCCUCUGCCUGGUUCCCUGUAACUUGGCUUCUUGCAGCGAGGGAACUGCCAGAAGGCCCUCGGUGCUGGACCUCAGUGUCCGGGCAGAACGAUGGGGGUGGAGACACUCCUUCAGAUAUACCUUAGGAGUGGGUUUCUGGCCUAGAAAUGAGGGUCUUUAAACUCUUCUUGUUUCCACUCGGCAGCUCCACGGCGUGGCAUUCCUCCAAAGUGUCCAAAAAGGAGGAGAGAUGA